AGUUAUUCGAAUAGAAUCUAUAAACAGAUUGAAAGCAAUAUGGAAAGCUCAUCCAAGAAGUUGGUAUUAACUCCGGUUAUAACGACAUCAAAAAUUCCAAUAUUGGCCAUCAUUUCGGGAUACUGCUACAAAAAAAUACCACAGAGAUGUAUACCUCCAAUUCUUUCGAUUCUGGUAGAAAUGAUCGAAAACGAACCCGACAAAAAUUGUAGCUCUGGUGCAGAGUAUGACAUUGUCCAGAAAUUUUUUCCUUCCUUGUCAGAGAUUAUGGAAUUAGUGGGAUCGUCAAUACGCUCAUUUUUUAAUUCCUCUGGGGUGAAAGAAAAGGAGACAGUGGAGCGUGACAUAAAGUCAAUUCAUUACUACCUGCUACAGCAAAUGUGGCAAUUGAAAUCGUACGAUGAUUUCUUUACUUUUUUGCUUUCUUCAGCCAACUUGUUGAUUGACCCAAGCCCCCAACUAAUAGGCUCUGCAAGAGGUUUACCAAAUAUCAACAAACCUAAAAAAUCACUUUAUUGCUCAAGUUUUCUUGGCAGCUUUAUUUCAGUAAUUGCAUUGGGUGUGACAACGCUAACCUUUGAAGAAGGAAUACAAAUAUGGAAAGGCUUCUUGCUGUAUAGGAAAGAAACAGAAUUACAUUGGAUUACUUUAAACGGAGUUGAUAGUACACUUGAGUUCAAUAACGCUAAAGACUACAGCACCUACUCAAUGUUUGAGAAAGACAUUUUACCUAAUGCAACCAUAGGGAUAAAUGAAUCAACAUCCCUGGUGUAUUCUCAUAUGGAUCUUGCGAGUUUAUUUCAGUCACAAGUUUCCACUUUACAAAGGAAAUCGUCCUCUUUGCCCAAGUCCUUAACGGAAUUACUCAGCUCGUUGUCUCAAUCGGAUAGAAGCCUUAUACCGUCUUCGUACCAUGUGGAGCAUUUGAAUAGCUGGAGGCAGGCUGAUUACGAUAAAUCAUUUGAUUCUCUCCAUAGAUAUUUUGACUACAUGAUGUCGAAUAGAAGGCAGUACUUUUAUCAUUAUGCCCUUUUAGCUUUGGCAACCUUGCAUAGUUCUUUUGGAGCAAAUAAAGAAGCACUGAGAGCCAUUGAUGAAGCUAUUCUAGUUGCCCGAGAAAAUAAAGAUUUAGAUUGCUUAAACUACUUACUCACUUGGCUAUUGAACUUUAUUAUCUCCAAGCCACAGCACUUUGUCAAACUGAAGGACCACCCAUCGAGAUCCGAAAUUAUGGAUUUCUUACGUCUCAAAACUAAAGAAACAAAGAAUCUAUCAUUGCAGUCAAUUUCAUUUCAGUUUGAAGUAGUUGUUUCUUUACUUGAGGGAUCAAGCUUGACUGUUGUAAUGGAAAAUAUGGUUAAAACCUUUUAUCUGAUAUUGAAUUUUGAGGAUACUGACGAACUAAAGGGAAUCUUCAUAACUGCAUGCCAGGUGGCAGAUACAAUUUGGAAAAGAAUUGGUUAUCCUUCAAUUGGAAACCUUUACCUAGAAACAGCAAUUGAUUUUGCUAAAGAAAAAAAUAAUGAAUUUGAUCUUAUUCUCUUAUAUAUAAGAAAAGCAAAUGACCUAUAUUUUGUGGGGGAAAUAGAUGAAAGUUUUCAACUACUAUCAUCAGUUAAAGAUUCGGCUUUAAAGGAUCUUUCAAUGUCAAAGAAAUGGAAAAUGGGACACGAUAUCAUACUUUUCUAUCAUUACCUGAAUCAAUGCAAAUACCCUCAGAGCGAUAUUUUAAUGGACAACAUGAUAGCCCUGGCUGAAGGCUUGGACGACCAAGAAGUUACAAAUGAGUUGAUUUAUCAACGAGCAAUUUACAAUUUGAAAAUCAAUAAUAUUACCGAAGGCAUUGGCAUUAUCACGAAACAACUGACGUCAAUGAAAGAAAACUCUUUGGUUUACAACAAUCAUUGGUUUAUAAGAUUUCAAGUCCUUCUAUCUUAUACUUUUACGAAUUACACACCAUAUCCUGAAAGAGGUAUAUCUAUAUUACUCAGUGCGGCCAAUCGUGCACAUGCUUGCUCACUUAUAUUCAACCUCUGCGAAUGUAUUAUAUGCUUGUGUAAUCUGUUGUUAAAGGUGGACCCAAUCCAAUCGAUUCCCGACGUUAAGGAUUUACUUUCUGAAUUUUUACCUAAAAUUUUAGAAAUAAAAAGAGUUGAUAUGAUAGCUGAUGCAUACCAUAUACUAUCCAUAGUCGAGUUCAUAGAGUUUGAGGAAACUCGAGGAACUUUGACUUCUGAUGAAUUUAACACAAAAGUUGCCAUUGUGUUGAAGUACUUGAGUAUUUCAAUGAAUGGUUAUGAAAAAAUGUUUGACUAUGUCAACUUGAGGAAAUCAUUAGCUUUCGAAAAGAAGGUGGCUCAUACAUGUUUUUUGCAUGAUCUGGUAAAAAAAAAUGCAUCUAAACUAAAGGAACUUGAUCUUUCCUUACUAAAGGAGCUUAAUGACCCAAACUCAUGACUCUUUCUAAAACUAGCCUACGAUGUUUAUAGCUUGUCCUUAUUUUUUCCUACAUAAAUCUAUAUUGUUUGAUAAACAUUUGAUCACCAAUCG